AUGCGUUUCUCCACCAUUCUGUCUCUCCUGCCUUUGGCCCUUUCCGUUGGAGCUAUCCAGGUCACCGAGCCCUCCAAGGGCGACGACCUCGAUCUGUCCAAAUCUUUCACCGUGAAAUGGACAUCCGUCAACACCGACGCCUCCACUGUUGACAUCGUCCUUGUCAACAAUGCCGUCUACCCCCCCGUCGAUGAGAAGAUUGCCUCUGGCAUCGACACCUCCAAGGGCUCUUACACUGCCAGUGGUCUGAAGGACGUCAGCAAUGGUUCCGGUUUCCAGAUCAACCUGCUCUCCACUGAGGCCAAGAACACCGGCAUCCUCGCUCAGUCCGAGCAGUUCAAUGUGACCGCCGAGAGCUCCUCCAGCUCUACUACUACCGGUACAUCUUCCACUGUCUCCUCCUCUUCUACUGCCUCUACCUCUGUUGUCUCCACUGGUACCACUUCCACUGCUUCUACAUCUACUGCCUCUACUUCCACUUCCACUGGUGCCUCCACCACUGAAACCGAGGCUUCCACUACUGCUACCGGAACUUCUACCGGAAUUUCUACCGGAACUACUACUGGCACCACCACCGGCACCUCUACCGGCAGCUCUACUACCGAAACCACCACCGGCACCACCACCGGUCUGACCACCAGCACUUCCACCACCACCGGCACUUCUACCAGCUCUGCCUCUCCCUCUGCCUCCAGCGGUGCCGCUAUGGGUCUGGUUGCCCCCGCUACCGCCGCUGGUCUUCUGGCUGGUGUCCUCGCUCUCCUGUAA